UCUUCAGGAGUGGAUGAAUUGCAAAGUGCGCCGGAGAAAGCAGCUCCAAUCCGUCUCGUGCCGUGGACCGAGCAGCACACAGCAGUCAGUGAGAUAUUCACAGUUCUGUUCUUUCUCCAUGAUUCCGUCGGUGCAGGUGCAUCCUCGCAAGAUGGUAGUGGCGCCGCAUUCUCAGUCUCGCGGUGGAGGCGGCAGCACCUCGGACAACACCAGCAACAGAAACAGAAUGGAGUCACAGGGUGCCCGACUGCUGCUGGACCUUUUCCUCUUCUUGCUCACCUCUGUCUACUACGUCCUGGAGGCGUGCGUGCUCACCCUGCUACCACUCAGGUUCCGCUGCGACCCUGACCGCCUCCGGGGGCAGGUUGCUCUAGUCACCGGUGGUGCGGGAGGCGUCGGACGCUUCCUCUGCGUCAAACUCGCCCAGAGAGGCACAACCGUCGUCGUCUGGGACGUCAAUGCCGAAGGUAUCAAGGAAACCGUAAAGGCGGUGCAGGCCGCGGGUGGAAAAGCAUUAGGCUACGUUUGCGACCUCUCGAGCAGGGCUUCCAUCUACGAGACGGCCGAAAAAGUCAAGAUAGAAGUUGGAAAGGUGGACAUCGUCGUCAACAAUGCCGCAAUGCUCAACUGCAAGUUGAUGCUUGACAUCGAAGACGAGAAAAUCGAGCGCACUUUUGAUGUCAACAUUCUCGCACACUUUUGGAUGGCCAAGGCGUUCCUCCCCGAGAUGAUUAGCUCGCAAAGGGGCCACAUCGUGACUGUUGCCAGCGUCACCGGCAUCCUUGGCACUUACAUGUGCUCCGACUAUAGUGCCACAAAGUUCGCCGCCUGCGGAUUCCACGAAGUGCUCUACACCGAGCUACAGGUGGAGAAGAAGACGGGAGUCGACUGCACGUUGGUGUGUCCCUACCACAUUAACACUCCCAUGUUCCAGGGAGUGAAGCCUAGGUUAAGACCGUGUCUAGAGCCGGAAUACGUGGCUGAAAAAAUUGUACUUGCCAUCCUCAAGAAGGAAAACUUCGUUAUCUUGCCCAAUAUCCUCAGAUGGUUUUUCCCAGUCAAAUUUUUCCUACCAGCAAAGAUGUGUUGGUCACUAAUGUAUAAUGUGCUGCAAACGCCGCAGGCCAUGAUGAAGUUUAACGGCCACGAAGAAAAAAGCAAAAUCAACUAAAAUCAGCGAUUUGUUACUUUAGUUUUAAUUUUGUAAUAUUAAGUGCAAUAUAAUGUAGGAAUAAGUUAUUUAAAGAAACGUCUAUAAAAUAUAAAGCAUAAUUUUUCAUGCAGAAA